UUAUCAUGUGUGCAAGAUUUUGAAGGCAACCUUUUUAAAAAAGUUUUUGAAAUUUUGUGUAGGAGAAACUUCAAGGCAACUAUAUUUUCUUUUGAAAAUGGUGUUUUUAGUUCAUUUCUGAUUUAUUACACUCCAUUCUUUCAGUCUUGUGUUUCACCUCUGGUUUUUAUCUCUUGAAAACCCCCCGCCAUGAAAUUUGGCAAGGAAUUUGCUUCCCAAAUGGUGCAAGAAUGGGGGGAAGCAUACAUAGACUACAAACACCUCAAAGGAAUCCUAAAACAAGUCCUCAAAUUCCGGCAGCAAAAUGCCCGGCCGCCGUCGGCGGCAGCGGCGGCGGAAGGACAGCCAAAGACUUCGUCGCUGAAGCGAAGGCUGACGAUGUACAGAGCGUUCACCGGACUGACGAGUUCUCCGGGGAGGAGCAACCACGAGGAGGACGAAGCGAUCCUGGUGAGCGCGGUGGUGCCGGAGGGCGGCGCGGCGGCACCGGAGUACCAGACGUUGUUCCUCAUGUCGUCGGAAUCCGGGGGAGCGUACGAGCUCGACUUCUUCAACCGGCUCGACGAUGAGUUCAACAAGGCGGUGAGUUUCUACUGGAGAAAGGUUGAAGAGGUGAGGAAGGAGGCGGACGAGCUGAGCAGGCAGAUGAAUCGGCUCAUAGCUCUCCGCAUCGCCGUGGACAAGCCGGCGGAGUGGAAGCUUGACGAGCACGCUAGGCCGCGUUUGGGCGGCGAAAUUAGAGAAGAAGAAGACGAUGAAGGGGAAGAACAUUUCCCGCCGGAAUUCAGGCCGCCUCCGGCGGGAGUUUUGGAAAAUGUGAGAAUCAAAGUGGAGCCCGAAAAGCCGGGCUCCACUUUGAAAAGUAUGUUGAAGGCUUCGGAUGCCGAACUGAAGUUCAAAAGAGUGGAGGUGAGGAAAGCUGAAGAUCAACUGAGGAAGGCUUUCAUGGUGUUCUAUCACAAGCUUAGACUUCUCAAGGGCUAUUGUUUCUUGAACACAUUGGCAAUUUCCAAGAUCAUGAAGAAGUAUGACAAGAUCACUUCAAGGGGAGCUUCAAGGACAUACCUAAAGAUGGUUGACAAAUCUUGUCUUGGAAGUUCUGAUGAGAUCACUAAACUCUUGGAAAGAUCAGAAGCAGCAUUCAUAAAGCACUUCGCCAAUGGGAACCGAAGGAAAGGAAUGUCUUCGUUAAGGCCACGAGUGAAGCGCGAGAAACAUAGAAACACAUUCUUUUUCGGGUUGUUCUCAGGUUGCUCAUUAGCAUUAAUUGCAGCUAUCAUCGUUACUAUCCGUGCUAGAAAUCUUCUUGAGCAUGAAGGGAGUGGUCAGUUUAUGGAAAACAUAUUUCCACUUUACAGCUUAUUUGGAUUUGUAGUCCUACAUAUGCUAAUGUAUGGUGCGGACAUCUUCUGUUGGAAGAGAUGCCGUAUAAAUUACGCCUUCAUAUUCGGCUUCAAGCAAGGGACAGAACUUGGCUACCGAGAAAUCCUCCUCCUCGCUUCCGGCAUCUCUGUUCUUGCUUUAGCUGCUGUCCUCUCGCACUUGGAUAUGGAAAUGGAUCCAAAAACAAGAAGUUUUAAGUUGCUUACUGAGUCGGUCCCACUCGCGUUGAUUAGUGUUCUACUUGUCUUAACAUUCUGCCCUCUCAACAUCGUGUAUCGUUCUAACCGUUUCUUCCUCAUUGGAUGUGUAUGGCGUUGUGUAUGUGCACCUCUUUAUAAGGUCACGUUACCCGAUUUCUUCUUGGCAGAUCAACUUACCAGCCAGGUUCAGGCCAUUAGGAGCUUUGAAUUCUAUAUCUGUUAUUAUGGAUGGGGAAACUUCAGAAAAAGAUCAAACAAAUGUCAGCAGAGCGAUGUCUAUGAAAUCUUUUACAUAAUUGUAGCAGUCAUCCCAUACUGGGUUCGGUUACUUCAGUGCCUUCGUCGCUUGUUUGAAGAGAAAGAUCAUAGUCAGGGGUUAAAUGGUAUGAAAUACCUUUCAACAGUGGUUGCUCUGGUGCUAAGGACACUGUAUGACCUCAAGAAAGGAACAACAAUGAGAGUUCUUGCCAUUAUCUUCUCGGGAAUUACCACAAUUGCCAAUACCUAUUGGGACAUUGUUAGAGAUUGGGGUCUGUUCCAAAGACAUUCCAAGAACCCUUGGUUGAGGGACAAACUCCUCGUUUCAAACAAGGCAAUCUACUUUGUUGCAAUUGUCAUAAAUAUGAUUUUGAGGCUUGUAUGGAUGCAACAAGUUCUAGAUUUCAAUCUGCCAUUUCUUCAUAGAAAAGCCACUGCUGCACUUGUUGCUUGUCUGGAAAUCAUUCGUCGCGGCAUUUGGAACUUCUUCAGAUUAGAGAAUGAACACCUGAAUAACGUUGGAAAAUUUCGAGCAUUCAAGUCUGUGCCCCUUCCAUUUAGCCAUGAAGACAACAAGAGCAUAUAGAUUAUUCUAUAUGAAAUGUCAAUUCAUAAUUCAUUGCAGAGCUUGGCAUGCUGAUCUAUUGAGUCAUUACAGUAACAACUAUCCAGUAUAAUACAACCUUCAUUGGGGUCUGGGUGAUAAAGAUGUAAGCAAUCU